UCGGCGAGAGUCUGGUGGUGGGUGCGGAGUCUGCAGCCGUUCCCGCGGCCUCCUCCUCCUCCCCGUUCCCUUCACCCCCAUCCCGCACCCCUUUCCCCAUCCCGGCUCCGUCACCCUCCCGCCCCCCACACUCAGGACAAGAAUGCCCUGCCCGGAACAACCCAGCAGCGCCUAGAUGGCUUUGGUCACGGUCCAGCGGUCACCUACCCCCAGCACCACCUCCAGCCCCUGCGCCUCGAGCUCUCAUUUGGAAGACAGUGAAUCAGCAGCAUUACUUUGCUGUGAAUGUGAAGAAUCAGAAAUCUUUAGUGAUUCCAAUGAGGCAGACAGUGGGGAGGAAGAAUGCCGGUCGCAGCCCAGGAGCAUCAGCGAGAGCUUUCUAACUGUCAAAGGUGCUGCCCUUUUUCUACCACGGGGAAAUGGCUCAUCCACACCAAGAAUCAGCCACAGACGGAACAAGCAUGCAGGCGAUCUCCAACAGCAUCUCCAAGCAAUGUUCAUCCUACUACGCCCAGAAGACAACAUCAGGCUGGCUGUAAGACUGGAAAGUACUUACCAGAAUCGAACACGCUAUAUGGUAGUGGUUUCAACUAAUGGUAGACAAGACACUGAAGAAAGCAUCGUCCUAGGAAUGGAUUUCUCCUCUAAUGACAGUAGCACUUGUACCAUGGGCUUAGUUUUGCCUCUCUGGAGUGACACGCUAAUUCAUUUGGAUGGUGAUGGCGGGUUCAGCGUAUCGACUGAUAACAGAGUUCACAUCUUCAAACCUGUAUCUGUGCAGGCAAUGUGGUCUGCACUACAGAGCUUACACAAGGCUUGUGAAGUCGCCAGAGUGCAUAACUACUACCCAGGCAGCCUGUUUCUCACCUGGGUGAGUUAUUAUGAGAGCCAUAUCAACUCAGAUCAAUCCUCAGUCAAUGAAUGGAAUGCUAUGCAAGAUGUACAGUCCCACCGGCCUGACUCUCCAGCUCUCUUCACCGACAUACCAACUGAACGUGAACGAACAGAAAGGCUAAUUAAAACCAAAUUAAGGGAGAUCAUGAUGCAGAAGGAUUUGGAGAAUAUUACAUCCAAAGAGAUAAGAACAGAGUUGGAAAUGCAAAUGGUGUGCAACUUGCGGGAAUUCAAGGAAUUUAUAGACAAUGAAAUGAUAGUGAUCCUUGGUCAAAUGGAUAGCCCUACACAGAUAUUCGAGCAUGUGUUUUUGGGCUCGGAAUGGAAUGCCUCCAACUUAGAGGACUUACAGAACCGAGGGGUACGGUAUAUCUUGAAUGUCACUCGAGAGAUAGAUAACUUCUUCCCAGGAGUCUUUGAGUAUCAUAACAUUCGGGUAUAUGAUGAAGAGGCAACGGAUCUUCUGGCUUACUGGAAUGACACUUACAAAUUCAUCUCUAAAGCAAAGAAACAUGGAUCUAAAUGCCUUGUGCACUGCAAAAUGGGGGUGAGUCGCUCAGCCUCCACGGUGAUUGCCUAUGCAAUGAAGGAAUAUGGCUGGAAUCUGGACCGAGCCUAUGACUACGUGAAAGAAAGACGAACAGUGACCAAGCCCAACCCCAGCUUCAUGAGACAACUGGAAGAGUAUCAGGGAAUCUUGCUAGCAAGCAAACAGCGGCAUAACAAACUAUGGAGAUCUCAUUCAGAUAGUGACCUCUCAGACCACCACGAACCCAUCUGCAAACCUGGGCUAGAACUCAACAAGAAGGAGAUCACCACCUCAGCAGACCAGAUUGCUGAGGUAAAAACCAUGGACAGUCACCCAUCCAUACCUCCUGUCUUUGUGGAACAUGUAAUCCCACAAGAUGCAAAUCAGAAAGACCUGUGUACCAAAGAAAGAAUGAUCUGCUUGGAGUUUACUUCGAGGGAAUUUCAUGCUGGACAGAUUGAGGAUGAAUUAAAUUUAAAUGACAUCAAUGGAUGCUCAUCAGGGUGUUGUCUGAAUGAAUCAAAAUUUCCUCUUGACAACUGCCAUGCAUCCAAAGCCUUAAUUCAGCCUGGACAUGUCCCAGAAAUGGCCAACAAGUUUCCAGACUUAACAGUGGAAGAUUUGGAGACAGACGCACUGAAAGCAGACAUGAAUGUCCACCUACUGCCUAUGGAAGAAUUGACAUCUCGACUGAAAGACCUCCCUAUGUCCCCUGAUCCUGAGUCACCAAGCCCCCAGCCCAGUUGCCAGACUGAAAUCUCAGAUUUCAGUACAGAUCGCAUUGACUUUUUUAGUGCCCUAGAGAAGUUUGUGGAGCUCUCCCAAGAAACCCGGUCACGAUCUUUUUCCCAUUCAAGGAUGGAGGAACUGGGUGGAGGAAGGAGUGAGAGCUGUCGACUGUCAGUGAUAGAAGUAGCCCCUUCCAAAGUGACAGCUGAUGACCAGAGAAGCAGCUCUUUGAGUAAUACUCCCCAUGCAUCAGAAGAAUCUUCAAUGGAUGAGGAACAGUCAAAGGCAAUCUCAGAACUUGUCAGCCCAGACAUCUUCAUGCAGUCUCACUCAGAAAAUGCAAUUUCAGUCAAAGAAAUUGUCACUGAAAUUGAGUCCAUCAGCCAAGGAGUUGGACAGGUUCAACUGAAAGGAGACAUCUUAUCCAACCCAUGCCAUACACCAAAGAAGAACAGCAUCCAUGAGCUGCCCCUUGAGAGGGCCCAGACCCCAGAGAACAAACCUGGACAUGUGGAGCAAGACGAGGGCUCCUGCACAGCCCAGCCUGAAGUAGCCAAAGACUCAGGGAUGUGCAACCAAGAAGGCUGCCUAAUCACACACUCAUCUAUAGCAGACAUGGAAGAAGAGGAACCAGCUGAGGGAGAACAAGAGCUCCAGGCCUCAGGGAUGCACCCAGGUGCCAAGUGGUACCCUGGGUCUGUGAGGCGAGCCACCUUGGAGUUCGAAGAGCGCUUACGGCAGGAGCAAGAGCAUCAUGGUGCUGCCCCGACAUGUACCUCAUUGUCCACUCGUAAGAAUUCAAAGAAUGAUUCUUCUGUGGCAGACCUAGCACCAAAAGGGAAAAGUGAUGAAGCUACCCCAGAACAUUCAUUUGUCCCCAAGGAACCAGAGAUGAGCAAAGGCAAAGGGAAAUACAGUGGGUCUGAGGCUGGCUCGCUGUCCCAUUCUGAGCAGAAUGUCACUGUUCCAGCUCCCAAGGUACCAGAGUUUGACCACUUGCCAGCUCCUCAGGAGGGCCAAGGGUCAGAUACUGGAACACAGCAGGAAGGAGUCCUGAAGGAUCUAAGGACUGUGAUUCCAUACCAGGAGUCUGAGACACAGGCAGUCCUUCUUCCUCUUCCCAAGAGGGUAGAAAUCAUUGAGUAUACAAUUACAUCACCCGAUCACACUGGGCCAGGGAAUGAAAUAGCCACCAGUGAGAAGAACGGAGAGCAAGGACUGAGGAAUGUGAAAGUGGAAAAAUCUGUCACUGUGCUCUGCGCACUGGAUGAAAAUCUAAACAGGACUGUGGACUCCAAUCAGGUUUCUCUGCACCCCCAAGUGCUACCUCUGCCUCAUUCUUCCUCUCCUGAGCACAGCAGGCCCACUGACCACCCGACCUCCAUGCUGAGUAGCCCUGAAGACAGAGGCAACAGCCUGUCGACAGCCCCGGAGAUAGCAGCACCUUUUGUCAGUCACGCAACCCAGUUACUGUCUGCCAAUUUGGAUUACCUGCAUCCCCAGACUAUGGUUCACCUGGAAGGCUUCACAGAGCAGAGCAGCACCACAGAUGAGCCCUCCACAGAGCAGGUUAGCUGGGAAGAAAGUCAAGAGAGCCCUCUCUUCAGUGGCAAUGAGGUGCCAUAUAAGGACUCCCAGCUAAGUAGCGAAGACCUAAGUUUAAUUAGUAAAGUUGGUGACAACACUGGGGAGUUACAGGAGAAACUGGACCCAUUACCUGUAGCCUGUCGACUCCCGCAUAGCUCUAGUAGUGAAAACAUAAAGGGUAUCAGCCACAGCCCCGGUGUGGUGAAGGAGCGUGCUAAAGAAAUUGAGACUCGAGCGGUUUUCCAGACAGGGCUCACCAAACCAUCCCAAAUGAGGCGCUCAGCUUCUCUCGCCAAAUUAGGUUACUUGGACCUCUGUAAAGACUGUUUACCGGAGAGGAAGCCUGCCUCCUGUGAAUUCUCUCAUCUCAAACUGCUUCAGCCUUUCCUCAGAACAGACUCAGGCAUGCACGCCAUGGAGGACCAAGAGUCCCUAGAAAACCCAGGUGCCCCCCACAACCCAGAGCCCACCAAGUAUCUUGUAGAACAACUCACAACAACAGAGUGUAUUGUGCAGAGCAAGCCAGUGGAGAGGCCCCUUGUGCAGUAUGCCAAAGAAUUUGGUUCCAGUCAGCAGUGUUUGCUCCCCAGGGCAGGACCUGAAUUGACUAGCUCUGAAGGAGGCCUUCCCGUGCUACAGACCCAGGGACUGCAGUGUGCAUGCCCAGCCCCAGGGCUAGCCGUGGCACCCCGUCAGCAACAGGGCAGAACUCACCCCCUUAGGAGACUGAAAAAGGCAAAUGACAAAAAACGGACAACCAACCCCUUCUAUAAUACCAUGUGAUUCUGAGCCUACACAUGUGACUUUCUAGAAGAAAAGUUUGUAAAAGGGGCAGGUGUAAUAUGUAAGGAACAUGCACUUUAUUGGUUAAUUUUAUAAUAUUUUGGUCAUUUUACUGUUUCUGGCGCAUGCAGGGUUUGGUUUUUCAGUGUGUGUGUGUGUGUAUAUGUAAGGGGAAAGAGAGAUUGAUCUGGAUGGCAAGACAUUUAUCAUUUUUUAUUUAAACCUCAAAAAAAAGUCAUUUUCAGAGAACACCUUUAUCAAAGGCAAAUUGCUGUUUUUCAGUCGGCUGCCACCUGUUUCUCUUUUUGUCCUGUGAGAAAAGGCAUAGUUGCUUGAUUGAGGGAAGGAAGCAAAUUCGGAGGGCUGGAGAUAAAGCUGGGAAUUGAAAGUGUCCCCCCGCCUUUCUGAUGAUGGUUUGGUUUCCAGACCUGAGGCAUUGAAUGGGCUAAAGGGUAGCCAGCGGUCAGAGGGCUCUCAGCCUUCAUCCAGUGGCAGCCCCUCAGAGUUCCUGAAGGAGACAGGUUCUACUUUGCCUUAAAAGAGGGUCUUAGGUAUUUCAAGUGUAUCAUUAGAGUAAGGCAUGGUAAUAGCUGGCUCUGCAAAUUCACCUUAUUGUUUUUUCCCCAAGAAAAUUAUUUUUUAAAUGAAAUCAAAAGAGGACUCCGAAUGAAAUCCAAGUGGUGUUCUGUAGAGGAAAGCAUGAUAAGAGGAGGAAGACAUAAAGUUGGGGGUGGAGAGGCUGCUGCCCAGAAACUGCUGGGGCGGUGGGAUCCACACAGGUGGGCCUCUUGUUUCUCCCUGCCAGAAAAUCGUGCUCUGCAGUGUCCUCCCAACUAAAACCACAACAAUGACAUGUUUGAAAAGCAGCAAUUGAAAGUCAGUGUGUUCUUGUAAAAUGAAUACGCAUGUAGGGUUUUAACCCUUCCACUACUUGAAUAAUUCUUUGGGCCUUCUGAGUUUAAUGGCCAUAUUUUCUUCCAGUUUAUUUUCCUUCCCAGUGCUUGUUGCCCCCAUGCUGCCUACUUUUUUUAAUUUCAUAGAUUAUAUUUGAAUUGUUACAUAUGUUUAACACCAUUGAAUGCAACAUUUUCUUUUCUGUAUUAUCACUGUUAACACUUGACUUUUUUUUCCUUUUCCUGGAAGGUUUGUCAUUUCUCUAAAGUUUAUACACAGUAUUUAUGUACAUAAUAUUGUCACUGUCUUACAGUGUUUUGUUGUUCAUGUAGUAGGGUAUUUUUUGAUUUAUUCUUUUUAAGAAGGAGUAGAGUUGCAACUGGAAAACACACAGACACCAGAAAU